GUUCCACAAGGGUAAAGAACUCUUUUACAGAAGUCAGUACUUAUAAAUUCCAAAAUUAUGUUUGUUUUUGCCAGUUCACAAGCAUCAGUACAUACUCAACACAUAGAAAAUAUUUUGUUUGAAUGUGAGUACAUUUAUUCACAAAAAAAUAUACAGAAUUCGUCAAUUGUGAAGAUUAGAUUCCUUCUUAGAACAGUAGUUUUAUAUUGUUCAAUUCUAUAGGAGGACUUAUCGAUGUUUCAUUGUUUUUUUCUACAUUUUAAACGUUUAUAUUUCAAUGCAAAAUUAUUCCUCCAGGAUAAGGGGACUUUACGUACGCUGAAAUAAAGCUGGAUUGCUUUCUUUUUUUUUGUACUUGUGUUAGCAUAGUUGGGUUGGAAAAUUAACUCCCUAAAUCUAGUGGAAUACUUUCAAGCUUUAGGAACUUUCAAGAUGUCAUAUGUUUACUUCUAAUUUUUUCUUGAAAAAUUUUAUAUGAACCUAUUUAUAUAACUGUUGUCGUAAAAAAUAAUAUGGUCUGUUGGUCUCUCAAUAGUUUACUUAAUACCCAACACUACAUAUGAUUUAGAAUAAUAAAAAAUGAUUUAAUAAUUUAUAGCACAGAUGAUGGCUACUCCUAAGAAUUAUUAUGAAUUACUUGGUGUUCAUCUGGAGAGCACAGAAAAGGAGAUAUUAAGAGCAUAUAGAAGAAAAGCUUUAUCAUGCCAUCCUGACAAAAAUCCAGACAAUCCUAAAGCAGGGGAAUUAUUUAUUGAAAUAUCUGAUGCUGUAAAAGUUUUAACUGACAAAUCUGCUCGGGCAGCUUUUGACAAAGUUCUGAAAGCUAAAGAAGCUGCAAAGCUCCGUACCAAAGCCUUUGAUGCCAAGAGAAAGAAAUUCAAAGAAGAUUUGGAAAAGAGAGAAACUGACGCGCAACAAGAGAAAGAAAAUGACGUCACUGCUGCUGAGAGAUUAGCUGCUGAGAUAACACGUCUUCGCGAAGAAGGUUCACGCUUGUUGAAGGAACAGCAAGAAUUAAUUGAAAAGCAACUUGCAGAAGAAAGGGAGAAUAAUGUUUUAAUCACGCCAAAACUGAAAGUGAAGUGGAAAGCGAGUAAACAUGACCAUCAAAAUGGCGGUUACAACGAGGAUAUAUUAAUGAAGUUGUUUAAAAAGUAUGGUCACGUUACCGGAAUUGUGCUUUCCAGAAAAAACGGCAUGGCGAUAGUGGAAUAUGAAAAGUCAUCACAUGCUGACAUGGCUUUAGAGUUUGAAAAAGGACUCGAAGAAAAUCCUGUACUUAUAACGUGGUUGGAAUGUCCUGUACCUAACACUGCAAAGCCUGCUGCUGCGACAUCUACUCCUGUACCACCUGAAAACCCUCAAGAAGCGGCGUCAAACAUUUCAGAUAAAGACUUUGAAAAUAUAGUUUUGAUGAAAAUGAGGCAAGCUGAAGAAAGAAAACGACUGACACAGCAACUUUUAGAGCAAGAUAAAAAAGAUGAAAUGGAUAAAAGUUCAGCCAACACGUAGCCCAAUGAAAGGCGGGGAAUAACUACUGCGUGACAAACACAUUCGCGUGACAAUCGUUACUGUGUGAAGUACUGCUCUGAGAACAGUUGUAAAUUUAUCAAGUUACUUGUCAAACAGAUCGGGAAAGCGUAAAAACGCGUGAAACUUUAAAAGAUCACGGUUGUACUCGCCGCUGUUCAGAGAAAGAACUUUAAAGGAUUUGUCUAGUUGUAUUAACUGUGGAUAAUAACAAAUGAUGCUAGCAA